AGUAAUGCCGCCUCGAUGUUCAUGAAAGAAGUGCUACUUCAUUUUGAUAAUCUACUGGCCACUAGAGGUGCUGGAGCUGAGGUUUCUUUUCACGUAAGAAGUUUCCUCCCAUCAUGGGCGACCCGGAAGCAGACCGAAAGAAGGCCAUAGCGGCUGUACAGGCCAUGUUCGACAGGUACACGCUACUCGCAGCUCGAAGACCCAAGGAUCACAUCGACUUCGACCGUGAGGUUAUGGAGAAUUUCAAGAUUAUAGAUGCGGGCCUUGACGGGUCUGUUACCUACGAGCUGUACAUGGCACCAAACUUCUCCAACUUGAACAAUGUCAUGCAUGGUGGUGCCGCGGGUGUCAUUUUCGACAUGUCGACAACGACAGCUCUGUGUCCCAUUGCGCGGCCAGGCUUCUGGGAGUUCAUGGCAGGUGUGACACGCUCACUCAAUAUCUCCUAUCUCAAAGCGGUCCCAAUCGGCAUCAAAGUCCGACUCAACAGUAAAGUGGUGAGCGUGGGAAAACAGAUGGCCAUGAUCCGAGGCGAUAUGACCAGCCUUGAUGGGAAGACGACAUAUUGUACGGUGGAGCAUCACAAGGUGAACGUGCCUACAUUACCAGAGCAUUUGAGCGCAAGAAUAUCCUGGGACGACGAGUUCGACAAGGAGUGGAAAGACAAGACAGAAAAACAGGUAAAGAGUAAGAUGUAGAGGGUGAUAGAUGGUGAUGGAUGGCUUGCUAUAUACCCUCUGAUACCCAUACACACAACAUACCGGCCAUGCAAAUAUAACAUAACGCCGUCAAAUGCUUCACGUACAGUAGAUAUACAAUGUCCCGUGAUAGCGCGAGUCGCCUGGUCGUAUUGCGCCCGCCUAUCUCUUCUUGUUGAACUUCUUCGAUU